AUGAAACGGUGCGUUGCUGCGGCUGCGGCCGCUACUCUGUUUGCGGCGUGGCUGGUUCUCGUCGACGCGCGGUUUGUGGUGGAGAAGAGUAGCAUCACACUUCUGUCGCCGCACAAGCUGCGGACGAAGCGCGACGGCGCUAUCGGUAACUUCGGCCUCCCCGACUACGGAGGAUUCAUAGUUGGCUCUGUGGUGUAUCCCGCCAAAGGCUCUCACGGUUGUCAGGUCUUCGACGGAGAUAAGCCCUUCAAACUUCAGUCCUAUCGUCCCACUAUUGUUCUCCUUGAUCGCGGAGAAUGUUAUUUUGCCUUGAAGGUUUGGCAUGCACAACUAGCUGGUGCUGCGGCAGUUUUGGUGACUGACAGCAUUGAUGAGUCUCUUAUAACCAUGGAUUCUCCGGAGGAGAGCUCUGAUGCGGAUGGGUACAUAGAGAAGAUUGUGAUUCCGUCAGCUCUGAUAGAGAAAUCCUUUGGUGAUAUAUUGAAGGACGCUUUGAAUAACAAAGACGAAGUUUUGCUGAGAAUUGACUGGAGAGAGUCAGUACCUCACCCUGAUAACAGAGUUGAGUACGAGUUUUGGACCAACAGCAAUGAUGAAUGUGGAGCUCGUUGCGACGAACAGAUGAAUUUCGUGAAGAAUUUUAAGGGUCACGCUCAGAUUCUUGAGAGGGGUGGUUACACCCUGUUCACUCCACACUAUAUAACUUGGUUUUGUCCACCGCCCUUCAUUCUUAGCAGUCAGUGUAAGUCGCAGUGUAUAAACCACGGGAGAUAUUGUGCCCCCGAUCCAGAGAAGGAUUUUGGAGAGGGCUAUGAAGGGAAGGAUGUGGUGUAUGAAAAUUUGAGGCAGCUUUGUGUUCAUAGAGUUGCCAAUGAGAGCAACCGUUCAUGGGUCUGGUGGGAUUAUGUGACAGAUUUCCAUGUCAGAUGUUCUAUGAAGGAGAAAAAGUACAGCAAAGAUUGUGCUGAGGAAGUGAUGAAAUCAUUAGAUCUGCCUGUGGAGAAAAUUAAAAAAUGCAUGGGUGAUCCUGAAGCGGAUGCGGAGAAUGAAGUGCUAAAGAAUGAGCAACAAGUCCAGAUCGGUAGAGGAUCUCGCGGUGAUGUCACCAUCUUGCCAACUUUGGUUAUAAACAAUGUCCAGUAUAGAGGAAAAUUGGAGAGAACUGCUGUACUGAAGGCUGUAUGUUCUGGAUUCAAGGAGACUACUGAACCUUCAGUGUGUUUAAGUGAAGAUGUUGAGACUAACGAAUGUCUUGAAAAAAAUGGAGGAUGCUGGGAAGACAAAAAAGCUAACGCAACUGCUUGCAAG